GUGGAGAGAAGAUUUCAAGCGUUUUAACAUAAACUAAGCCUGGGUAAAUCCUACUGACAAGAAUCACGUCCCAUUUUUUAUACAAUUUUAUCGUAUCGAUUUUUUCUUCGGUUCUGAACUUUGAGUCAUUAACAUGCUCUUCCCGGAUGCGAAACGUCUUCGUUAACAAAAUUACUUGUUAACGAAGGAUUAGGGAUUACGUAACGCGAGUUGCAAAAUACGCAACAGAGGAUGGAGGGAAUCAUUUAUUUGAUGAAUGGAGCUUAAGAUUCGUGACAGUCUCCGCCUCCCACCGAUCAUCACCGGGAAACUCGACGCUGAUCGCGUUCUCUGUUUACGGAAAAAAUCGUUCAAACGUUAUUCAUGACCCGUAUAUCGUUGUCCAAUUGAUCCGAACAAUAGUUUGAACGUGAUUGUUCGAUUGACAAGCCCGUCCGAAGGAUGAGUUCCCCGGUGUCGAUAAGUAACACCGCGGCUGGUGCCACUGGAAUGGAAACAGUGGUUGCAGUGGCACUUGGUGCACUGGCUGCUGUGUUCCUCGGCGCGCUUUUGGUUCUUCUCGUUAUUUGCAAAAGACAGCGAUGCUACUACAAUCAGAAAGAUUCACCAGAUCUAAGCUCGGAUCUUUUGGAGGGUGAGAAUUUCUCCGGUUUGGAUUUAGAUGCAUGGGAGAGCGAGGAAUGGCUAGCUGGGGCUGAGAGAUGGGUCGACGACGCGACGGGUUUAGCUCCGUUGUGCAUCGCCGUGUUGAGAUCUUGCCACGCUUUGGCCUCAAGUCUCACCGCUAUAGCAGGCACGGUAAACAGUAACACCGUCCCGUUAGAAAUCGUCGACGUUGCUAGACGCAUUCCGCCUCGUGUCGACGACGUGGUGAGGAGCUUGUACCCGCCGUUAGACGCGAGACUGCUGGAGGCCAGGGUCGCAGCAUUGGUGCUAGCCGUCACUCAUCUGGCUUUGGUGACCAAGCACGGGGUGUCCAAGAGUCACGCCAGGAAAUUAGCGUUCAUCGACCAGGCGUUGAGCGACAUGGACUCGCAUUUGUCCAUCCUGAGGAACGCUGCCCUGGCGCAGGAAAUGGCUUGCUCCGUGCCGGCUUCAACGUCGGUUUGAACUCCGAAUGUCUUCCAACAUUAUUUAGCGACCACGUUUCUCAUAAUGGUAUUCAGGCGUUUGCAUUCUCUAAACUCUAACGUGAGAUUGAAAGCACUAAGAAUUCCUUUUUCUUCUCCUUUUAUUAUGCCAAGAUCCAAAACACGACGACGGGAGUCGAGUUCCCUUUCUUUUCCUCUAGUGCGUUACAUUCUCGUGUAAGUAUAUAGUCGUUACAAAAAUGCGUACAUUACUUUUCGUGACGUAUUAAAAAAUAUCAUAAGUA